CAUGACGUGGGGAGUUGGUUUGUUGACUAUCACUGCUUUGGCGUAUGAUUGUUGUUAGUCAGGUUUUGCGUGGAGAUGAACGAAGAACAGUUAUUAGAAGAUGGACCAAAUGUUGAUUUUCGAGGUGUAACGCUGCAGAUACAGCACGAUGCUGACCAAAGUAGAAGUCCAAGUAGUCAGGGAGACAGUGAUUCAGUUGCAAAGCUGUCAUUGUCUCCUGACACGGGAAAUGAGCAAAACAGGGCUAAUAAAGAAAGUGGUGAUCUAAAGCCAGCAAUUUCAAGCGGCACAGAUGUUAUAUCCCCAAUAACGUCAAUACCAAGGAAAAUUUCAGAACAUCUGAAGAAAUCUCAUUCAAAAGAAGGUUCUGCUGUGCAAAGUGAUGCAAUUUGCCAGAAUAGUGCUCUGGAACAUGAUAAUGCCAAAGAUUAUUUUACAUAUAGGGAUGGCAUAGUAGAAAAUGCAGUAAAGGAAUGUGUUGAAAAAAUACUAGUUCCAGAAAAAGAUGGAGAAUUUAUUGGAUCUUGGCUUAUGACAGAGAUAAGUUUUUGGGAUAAUGAGAAAGAGAGACUAGUUCUUCUUUCAAGUGCUACAUUAACCACUAUAAAAUAUGACUUUAUUGCCCUGAAACAGCUAGAAUACCGCAAAGUUCCUCUAGAUCUUCUUGAUACUCUUGUUAUCGGCGAUCUUAUCUAUCCACCAGGAUCUCUUGUUCCGAGGCUGAAUGGUCUAGCAACGGGGGUUGUCACAGUCGUGAAGGGCUGUCUGCUGCGACCUCUGCAGGAACGCUGGUCACACACAGCAUCUGCAGAGUUCUGUGCUAAUCCAUUUGACAUCCGUAAUUUUGAGCCCAGGUCACGCAAUGUACGUGGAUUACGUGCAAUGUGGAAUCGAGGGGAACCAUUAACAUUUACCAAGAGAUGGAAUCCAUUUAAUAGUGAUAUACCUUUUACAACAUAUACAUCUCACCCACUUCUGUGGCACAAAGAUGGUGAUAGCAAUAAAAUGUAUGAUGUUGAAGACUUUGCACGUAAACUUGUGGAUGCUGUGGAACACAUACAGAAGGAGGCUGAUGGUCCAGUAUGCAGAGUGGAACACAAGUCUAUCGUGCUUCAGAAUUAUGUUGGCCUGGGUUCUGUAAUACACAACAAAAAUUCUUUAGGAUUCUUUAAAGUACGUGGAAAAUUUAGUUUUUAAUUGUUCCUGGACGAAACUUUCUCCGGGGCUGACAGGCAGGCUAAUGCAACUGUCAUCUACAGUAAUUAAUUUACAAAAAUAUGUUCUUAUGUUCAAAAUUCCUCAAAACAGACAUGUAAGGCGUAAAGUUAUUUGUUUGUGUUACUAAUCCUUGAGAAACUACCUGUAUAAUAGUAUAAUGGCAGAAGUACUACUAUUUUAGGUUCCAUUGCCUUCGAAUUUUACAUGAUUAUGUUUUGACAUGUGUGACUGUUGUUGUGGGUAAAAAUUUGUAUGUAUGACAAGUUUUUGGAAUUUUGAAAUGUAGCUUCUGUUAUUUAAAUAUAAUUUGUAUGGUGUUACGCUGUAUUAUAUACUAGCAGUAAUCUGCUGUUUCUGUAAGUUGUAAAAUUUGGUGGGGUUAUUGCCAUUCUUUUUUGCACAGAUUUUGUUUAUGUUUACCAUUGAUAGUUAUUUAUGCUGCACUGUAGAAAUAUUUUGUAAAUCAUAGUUUUAUCAAUCUUAAGAUUAGACAGUAGUCCUUGACACUACAUUGAUGUGAAAGCAAAAUGAACAUGACAGGUAGUGAAGACUAAUGUACUGAACAACCAGGAAUGGUAGUGCACUUUUUCUUUAACCCAACUUUAAAA